AUGGUGGCUCACGACGUGGAGAAGGGAAUGUCCGAUGACGCCGCGACGGAAAACAUCGCCCACACUAUCAACAACCUUUGCGCGCCCAGCCACACGUCGAUAUCGUCAAAACACUCGAAUGAAGAGGAGGACAUAUCGAGAAUACCAACGCACUCCUCUCAUGUCUCCCGCGCCGUAAAGACCAAAGACGCCUUGACGAACGUGGCCAAAACAAUCACCGCCCGCAGCAAUGCCUCGGUCAUCGACCCAGGACCAGCACCAGACGGCGGGACGAUAGCUUGGACGCAAUCCCUAAUGGGCCACCUUGUCGUCUUCAACACAUGGGGCAUGAUCGCGACCUUCGGCGUCUUCCAAGCGCACUACACCAACGACCUCGGCCUGGAGCCCUCAGCGGUAUCCUGGAUCGGAUCCAUGCAGAUGCUAGGCCACUUUGCGCUGGGCAUGUUCAGCGGGCGACUGUUCGACGCCGGCUACUUCCACUGGGUGGUGAUCCCGGGCAUGCUGCUCGCCGCCCUGGGCACCAUGAUGACGAGUCUGUGCGGGACGUACUGGCAGUUUUUCCUCGCGCAGGGCCUGACGACCGGGCUGGGUUGCGGGCUGCAGUUUGCGCCUACCAUUUCGCUCGUCACGACGUAUUUCUCGCGCCAUCGCAGCGUCGCUAUGGCUAUCAUGGCCAGUGGGAGCGCGACGGGUGGGCUCGUGUAUCCGACGAUUGCGCGCCAGCUGAUGCCGCGGAUCGGGUUUCCGUGGACGGUUAGGGUGAUGGGCUUCAUGAUGCUGGCCGUCGGCUCCAUGUACUGCUCGCUCCUCAAACCGCGCUUGCCCCCGCGCAAGUCCGGGCCGCUGUUCGAGUUCAGUGCGUUUCGAGAGCCGGCGUAUAGUAUCUUCUUGAUUGCCAUCUUCUUGAUCGGCUUGGGGCAGUACUUUGCGUUCUACUACAUCUCCUCUUUUGCCGUCCAUGUCAUCGGCGUGUCGUACGCAACGAGCGUCAAUGUCCUGCUGGUGCUCAACGGUGUUGGCAUCCUAGGGCGGCUGAUACCGAGUUACUUCGCCGACAGGUACACGGGCCCGUACAACGUGCUGAUACCGUUUUGCUUCGUAUCAUCCAUUGUCUUGUUCUUCUGGCCGCUGGUACACAGCGAGGCGGGACUGUAUGGAUGGGCGGUGUGCUAUGGAUUCUUCGUUGCUGGCUUUCAGGGUAUAUUCCCCGCAGUCAUGACGACUCUAACGAAAGACAUGAGUCGCGUGGGAACAAGGAACGGCAUGGGUUUCGCCAUCAUGGGAGUCGGUACACUCGUGGGCCCGCCCAUUGCAGGUGCGUUGAUUCAGAGCCACGGGGGUAGCUAUCUAGCUGCGCAGAUGUUUGGAGGCGCAACGGUCCUAAUUGGGAGCUGUGUGUUGGUCGUCGGACGAGCAUCGAUCACGGGUUGGAACAUCAAGGUGCGAGCGUAG